AUGGAGUCGGAAAGCUCGAAUGGGCACAAGCGAAACUCGGUGCAUCAGGGAGCAUACAGCCGGCCAGUGGAACGUCGGCCGAGCAAAAAGUCCUCCUCCAAGGACCGCCACGGCAUGGUAUAUCCGGAUAGCUUCAGGGAAACGACCAUUAGAACCGUGACGCCUGAUUCUACUGAACCCGGAAACCAUUCGCCUCUGUCUGAAGUGGAGUAUCUCCCUUCAAGCGCUGCCCCGUCCCCUCGUGCUACCGCCCGGACCAGAGCCCCCGAUCGAGAAUCUCGACGCGAUUUCAAUUUAUAUUACUCAACCGGGGACGAAGAUGAGACUCCGUCGGAAUUGAAGAGCCAACGCGCGCGGUCCCGCACGACCACCUUGGAUGACCAGCGAAGCGAUAUAUCUUCGAGCUCCUUUAUCACCAGGACACGAAACCGCUUGGGCUCGAUCAACACUACUCCUCAGCCAAAGACGCCGGAGGAACAAGCUGCAUCUUCCAUUGGGUUCCCGUCAAUACAAUCUCCCACAUAUUUUGUUCGAACACCGAGCCGCCAGCGGUUGAGUAGGUCUCCUGGAAGCUCAGCGUUAGUCCCAAGUCAUCCCGGUUCAUCAUUGUCAAAUACGGAUGCCUCAAAAGUGCUGCAGCUCAUGAAGACGACGUGCGGGAGGAUGCAUGGGAUUCUUUCUUUUCGGACAUCUUCCACGACUGCCUGGACUUCAGGUUACUGUGCAAUCAAUGUCGCUAUGGGAAGCUUGAUAUAUCAAGCUAAAGGCGAACCCGCUCUGGCAAAGACUCUCAUACCGGAUCUACGUGGUUGUCAAGUCCGGUCUCUCGUCGAUCCCGAUACUCGAGCCAAUUAUCUCAGUGUAUCAACGUUCACUUCGGGCCUUGGAGUGGAAUUACGGCCCCAUGUAAGCGAAACUUUCGAUUCAUGGCUUGCGGCUCUGUUAUGUUGGCAGCCAAUACGCCCUAAAGGCGUGCAGAAUAAGAUGACAAAGCCGCAGUCCGUCACAAUAAGCGAUCGUCGCUUGGUGGACCGCCGGAGAAAUUCAGAAAGCACUGUCCAAAAGGACGCCGCUAUUAUUAAAGUGGGCAAGAUGCUCCUUUGGGACCGACCAAGCGCCUCUGGUGUGCGGCCGUCCUCCGAACGCAGAAUCUCAACAUUUCGCCAGCAGCGCGCUUUGUCCUCGUCCUGGCAAAAGGUCAGCUGUACGCUGCAGGAGAACGGCGCAUUUAGGCUUUUUACUGAGACGGAUAUCACCCUAGUCGCAUACAUCCAGCUAUCUCAACUCUCCCGCUGUGCAAUACAGCAGCUAGAAUCUUCUGUCCUAGAGGACGAGUUUUGCAUCGCGAUAUACCCACAAUAUGCAGCGCAUUCUGCGUCUGGUUUGACUCGCCCAAUUUAUCUUGCAUUAGAGAGCCGUGUCCUUUUUGAAGUCUGGUUUGUGCUUCUUCGCGCCUUCACGACGCCGGAGCUAUAUGGCCCCGCCAAUACAACUGAAGAUGAGACCGUGAAAACACCAAGUUCAAUUGAUACGAACAGAGAUACACUUGCAGACAUGUUCCGAAUCGAGAGGUUGCUCACUAUCAAGGAGUCGGAAGAGACGCCAAGGAGUCGGAAGCAAUCUCGUUCUCAUUACACCCCAUCUACAACUGUUGCAGUUAAUGAUUAUUACACAGAGAUACUUUUGGAUGGAGAGGUCCGAGCAAAAACGGCGAUCAAAUACCGCACCGCGAACCCGUUCUGGCGAGAAGAUUUCACGUUCAAUGACCUUCCUCCUGUAUUAUCUCAGGCCUCUAUCAGGGUGAAGACUCUCAACCCAGCGCAACGUGAUUGGUCACUGGUAGCACAUGGUGCAUAUGCCUUGAAUCAGGAUACAAAUCCAAUGCGGAUAUUAGACGAUGUCGAAGUAUCUUCGCACGAUGCCAUGUACGGCAGGGUAGAUAUCCGACUGGACGAUCUUGAACCGAGUGUAGAGGCCGAGAAGUGGUGGCCGAUACUGGAUGAUAGGGACCAGUGUGUUGGUGAAAUGUUGAUGAGGGUUCGGAUGGAUGAGACGGUUGUCCUCAUGUCUCACGAGUACACACCAAUGUCCGAGGUUUUGCACUCGUUCGCUAACGGACUCACCGUGAACAUGGCCCAAAUCCUGUCUUCCGAACUCAACUUGUUGUCCGAGGCGCUCUUGAACAUCUAUCAGGUCUCUGGAAGUACGGUUGAAUGGAUAUCAGCGCUUGUUGAAGAUGAGAUUGACGGUAUCCACAAAGAAUCGACAGCUAACAGACUAAGAUAUACAACCCGUUUGCAUUCCAACAACUCGCAAGAGUCUGGCCAGGAUCGCGAGGUGCUGGUGCGCGACCUUGGGCGUACUGCGACAGUCGAGGCGAAUCUUCUCUUUCGGGGAAAUUCACUUCUCACCAAGGCACUUGAUUACCACAUGCGCCGCUUAGGAAAAGAAUAUCUGGAGGAAACAAUUGGAGAGCGGCUCCACGAGAUUGAUGACACAGACCCGGAAUGCGAAGUCGAUCCUUCUCGUAUACAUCGGUCCGACGAUCUUGAGCGCAACUGGAAAAACCUUGUCAGUUUGACAACUAGUGUUUGGAGGUCUAUAGCUGGAUCUGCAUCACGAUGUCCUGCGGAGUUACGACUCAUCUUUCGGCAUAUCAGAGCCUGUGCUGAUGAUCGUUACGGGGAUUUCCUUCGUUCGGUCACGUACAGUAGUGUCUCUGGCUUUCUCUUCCUUCGCUUCUUUUGUCCUGCAAUCCUGAACCCCAAGUUGUUCGGAAUGCUCAAAGAUCAUCCCCGUCCCCGCGCCCAACGCACUCUGACCCUAAUUGCCAAAGCCCUGCAAGGCUUGGCCAAUAUGACGACAUUUGGGAGCAAGGAGCCUUGGAUGGAGCCGAUGAACAAGUUUCUUGUCAGCCAUCGGUCUGAGUUUAGGGAAUUUGUUGAUUCAAUCUGCGCAAUCCCUGCGGACCGCCCAGCACCCAUUGUCACGCCCUCCUAUGCCACGCCAAUUCAAAUCCUUGGCCGCCUACCCGCGCCAUCACGCGAAGGUUUCCCUAGCCUUCCUUUCCUGAUUGACCAUGCACGAAGCUUUGCCAACUUGAUUCGAAUAUGGCUCGAGGUUGCGCCCGCCAGACUUUCAGCGCUGGAAGAAGUCGACCCCGCGAUCCAGAAAUUCCACGAGUUGGCGGUCCGUCUACAACAACGAACCAAGGAAUGCCUAAGUAGGGCGGAACAAGCAGAACGUCCCAACGGUAAUUUGGAAAUAAAGUGGGAAGAACUUGUCGAUAACCUGGAGCGUUCCACGAUACAUGCCGAAAUCCCAUCCAAGCCCGCCACCCCAGCUCCGGAGGCCGUCUCUGCAUCUCUAACCGGAAGCCAUCGCAACUCUAUCGGAUACUUUACCUCUCGCCCUUCUCUACCCCGCCGAUCUACUGACUAUGGCCCCGAGGGUGAUGAAGAGACUCCACCCAGUUCGUCAUCCGCAACCUGGGACCAGACCAGGGUACCCUUCUCUAUCCCAAGAUGGUCUGAACCUCGGGAUAGUACUGGGAGCUCGAAAAACUCGUCGACUUAUUCUCUUGAGUAUCCCGACGCUGCCAAGUCCCGCCGAUCCAGUAUUACCAGGGAGACCACGAGCAAAUACAGGGCUUUCUUCGACUUUGUGCCUGCGCCAUCCAGGCGCAAAGGCAAGGACCGAGAAACUAGCCAGCAGCAGUCACGUGAAGAGUUGCGAAACGAAUUCUGA